CCGCACAUGUAUAACCCAGCCUGGAAUGGAAUUAUUACAAAGUCAAGGACCAUGCACAAUAAAAUCUGCCGGUUGUGCUUGAAAAGUUCCAAAGACCUCAUUGACAUUUUCAAUGGAAGCCAAAAUCUGGAUAUAGCGAGCAUGAUCGCGCAGUGCACAGGCUUCAAAGUUAAUCCCGGCGAUUCCUUCCCGGAAACCAUUUGCCCGACCUGCCUGAAGGAUGCACAAAAUGCUUUUGAGAUACGACAAACCAGUGAGAGGAGCCACCAGUUCUUCUGUUAGGUUCGCGAUGAGGGUUUUGAGAAAGCCCUGUGUGCCUUGCUCGAGGAAGAGGAUUGGGAAUUGUCUGAAAAUGAAUCAAAGAACUCGAAAACGCAUCAUGCAAAGACCAACGGCAAGGAUUCGCCUUUUCAGUGUAGCAAGUGCAGCAAGACCUUCAAGCUAAGAGUGGAAUGGCUGAGACACAGGAGAUCGCAUUAUAAAAACUUCCCCUGCGAUCUCUGCGCAAAGUCAUUUGGAACUAAACUCCAGCAGCAGGUACAUAUGAACACCCACACUGGUGAGCGUCCCUACAAGUGCAGCCACUGCUCGAUGGGCUUCGCACAAGGUGCCACUCUGCAGUCACACAUUCGGACGCACACCGGCGAGAAGCCGUACAAAUGCGACCAGUGCUCCAAGUCCUUUUCCAAGUCAUCGGAUCUUCGGCGGCAUAUACGAACCCACGAAGGUGUUCGGCCGCACAAGUGCUCUGAUUGCUCAAAGACAUUUACGAGAAAGGCCCAUCUGCAGGAUCACAUGAAGAUCCACACGGGUGAAAGACCGUUCUCCUGCCUACACUGCUCCAAAACGUUUGCGCUAAAUACCACACUCCAAGUUCACAGCCGUACGCACACCGGCGAGCGACCCUACAAAUGGUCCAAUUGCUCCAAGUCCUUUAGACAGACUGCAACGCUAAGAGAUCACAUGAAAACGCACAGCCAGACGAAGUCAUUCGAAUGCACUCACUGCUCGACGACAUUUUCCAUAAAGAGGAGUCUUCGCAGACAUUUGUUAACUCAUACAGCCAUGGAGGGGAUCUGUCGCGUUUGCCUGGGAAGCUGCACCAGAAACUUGGUUAACAUAUUCGAUGCCAGACGUCGGACUCGAAUUUCCAUUGCCGACAUGAUAGCGCAGUGCACCGGCUUUGAAGUUCGACGCGGCGAUCCCUACCCGGAAACCAUUUGCCCGGCCUGCCUAAAGGAUGCGCAAAAUGCGUUUAAUAUAUGGCAGACAUGCGAAAAAAGCCACCAGUUCUUUUGCCAAGUGCGGGAUGAAGGCAUUGAGGAAGCCUUGUGUGCCUUGCUCGAAAAAGAGGACUGGGAUUUUUCGGACAGUGAGGACGAAUGGAAAAACGUAAAGCAGGUUGAUGGCGAUAACAAUAGCGACAGUGAAAACAAUAAUGACGAUAAUCAAGCAGAAAAUCUUGAUGAAGAGGCUUCCUUUGAAUGUAAAGACUGCCGGAAGAUCUAUAAGCGGAGACUUCCUUGGUUGAAGCACAUGCGGAUGCACUUGGUGGGCGGACCAGAACCAUACUCCUGCACUCACUGCCCAAGGGUUUUCCGUGCUAAAAUUCAGCUGCAGGUCCACAUGAACACACACACAGGCAAGCGACCCUACAAAUGCACCCACUGCUCGAAGGGCUUCGCACAAGACGCCACUCUGCAGUCACACAUCAGGACGCACACGGGAGAGCGUCCGUUCAAAUGUUCCCAAUGCAGCAAGACCUUCGUUAAGUCGUCUGAUUUGCAGCGACAUGUCCGCACUCACUCAGGUGUUAAGCCAUACAAGUGUUCCCAGUGCUCGAAUAGUUAUUCAAGGAAAUGUCAUUUGGAGAAUCACCUCCGUUCACACACUGGCGAAAGACCAUUUAAGUGUUCCCAGUGCUCGAAAUCGUUUCAACAAAAGCAUCAUCUCCAGGAGCACAUUCGAACGCACACCGGUGAAAGGCCAUUCAAGUGCUCCAAGUGCCCCAAGUCCUUCAGUCUGAGCAACACCCUCCGGAAUCACAUGCUGACGCACAGCUCGAAGAGAUCAUUCAAGUGUCCCCGCUGUUCUAGUGCCUUUAAGCAAAGAAGAUCGCUGGUAAGGCACAUUCCAACUCAUGAUUGAGAAAUAUUGAUUAAUGAACAUAUUAUUAGGGUAUAUAUUUGUAUAUCUUACAAACUUGUUAAUAAAUAAAAUAA